GCUGCUCACACUCGCCUUACAGAAGCCGAGCUGAGAACAUCAUCCGCUUUGAGCGCUUAGGCGCAGUGAUUACAUCCUCACAGAGAGAGAGGGAGAGAGAAGGAAAGAGAGAAAGUCCUGUUUAUUCUCCGGGCUUUAUUUAGAAGUUGCAUUCGUUACCGGUGUCGUCGGUGCGUAAAUAGGAGUUUUUUUUGGUUUCUUUUCUUUUUCUUGCUCGUGUGGAAUUUUGCCAUGUUGUUGUGUGACUUUAUGUGAAGAAGGGGCAGUCUGUUCUGUGCACAGGGAGUGUUGGCUAUGCGUCCUGGCUCCAGCCUGCAAUGUUUGCGCUGACGCCAAAACUCACAGACCGGUGCAGAAUUGAUUAAAACAGAGAAGCUCGGAUCAAAUGGCUGUGCUUCUCACAGCUGAAACGACACAAUGUUCCACUGACCCGAGGCACAGGAGAGGAAUUUCAGAAUCGGACAGCUUUGUUGCUGUUUAUUUCACUGCCUUUUUACGGACAGAGCAAAAGGGACAUGCUCAUUUAUUGUAAGAAAAAGGAAUAACACUUUUUUUUAUCAUUUGUUUGUUUGUUUCGUCUUGAAGUGCACUUUGUGAGAGGGAGAGGAGAUGAUUUGGUUCAUAUUCCUACUCUCCAUCCUGGAUGGAGCUGUCUCUCAGCUACACUACUCCGUGCCAGAGGAGCAGGAGCCUGGCUCUGUGGUUGGGAAUAUUGCAGAGGAUUUGGGGCUGGACAUUACCAAACUUUCCGCUCGUCGCUUUCAGACGGUGCCAAGCUCACGAACACCUUAUCUGGAGGUGAACUUAGAGAACGGCGCGCUCGUGGUGAAGGAGAAAAUUGACCGGGAAGAAAUCUGUAAGCAGACCAUCCCGUGCCUAUUGCACCUGGAGGUGUUUCUGGAGAACCCGCUGGAGCUCUUUCGCGUGGAGAUCGAGGUGAUGGAUAUCAAUGACAAUCCACCCAGCUUCCCCGAGACAGACAUUUCCGUGGAGAUAUCGGAGAGCGCCAUCCCCGGGACCCGUUUCCCGGUGGAGAAUGCCUUCGAUCCUGACGUGGGCACGAACGCGCUCAGCACAUAUGCCAUAACGAAUAAUAACUAUUUUUACCUUGACGUGCAGACACAGAGCGACGGGAACAAGUUCGCAGAGCUGGUGCUGGAGAAGUCGCUGGACAGGGAGCAGCAGGCGGUGCACCGCUAUGUGCUGACGGCUGUGGAUGGGGGCAUCCCGCAGCGGACCGGGACGGCUCUCCUGGUCGUCAAAGUUCUGGACUCUAACGAUAACGCGCCCACCUUUGAUCAGACUGUGUACUCGGUUAACCUGCGGGAGAACUCUCCCGUGGGCACUCUGGUCAUCCAACUCAACGCCACGGAUGUUGACGAGGGGCAAAACGGGGAAAUAGUUUAUUCUUUCAGCAACCACAACGCGCCUCGGAUAAAGGACUUAUUCAAUAUUGAUGCCAGAACAGGUAGGAUAGAGGUGGCGGGUGAGGUGGACUAUGAAGAGAGCAGCACGCAUCAGAUUUACGUCCAGGCUAAAGAUCUUGGAGCUAACGCUGUCCCCGCGCACUGCAAAGUCUUGGUCAAACUCGUGGAUGUGAACGACAACACACCGGAGAUCGGUUUCAGCACUGUGACUGAAUCCGUAAGCGAGCAGGACGCCCCAGGCACAGUGAUCGCACUUUUCAGCGUCUCGGACCGGGACUCUGGUGAUAAUGGACAGAUGAGCUGCGAGAUAUUAGGAGACGUUCCUUUCAAGCUGAAAUCAUCUUUUAAGAACUACUACACAAUCGUGACGGACGGACCGUUAGACAGAGAGAACACAGAUUCAUACACCAUCACCGUGGUGGCCAAAGAUAAGGGUCAGCCAUCGCUCGCCACCAGCAAGUCCAUUAAAGUGCACGUCUCCGACGAGAACGACAAUGCGCCCCGUUUUACGCAGGCGGUUUAUGAUGUGUAUGUGACUGAGAACAAUGUGCCCGGUGCUUUCAUUCACGCUGUGAGCGCUCUGGACCCUGACAUAGGACAGAACGCUCUCAUUACUUACUCCAUAUUGGAGUGUGACAUACAGGGCAUGUCUGUGGACACGUAUGUGUCCAUAAACCAGGACACCGGCUACCUUUACGCGCUGCGCUCUUUUGAUUACGAGCAGCUGAAGGAGUUUAGCUUCAUGGUCCAGGCGAAAGACGCUGGUGCUGCCGAGCUCUUCUCAAAUGCCACUGUAAAUGUGAUCAUAGUUGACCAAAAUGACAACGCACCCACUGUAAUAGCCCCAAUCGGGAAAAACGGCACAGCCAAAGAGCACCUGCCGCGCUCUGCGGAGCCCGGCUACCUGGUGACGCGCAUUGUGGCCAUGGAUGCGGACGAUGGCGAGAACGCACGGCUGUCCUACAGCAUCCUGCGGGGUAAUGAGAUGGGGAUGUUCCGCAUGGACUGGAGGACGGGGGAGCUGAGGACAGCACGCCGGAUCUCACCCAAGCGGGACCCGCAGGGCUACUACGACCUGCUGAUCGAAGUGAGGGACCACGGGCAGCCCCCUCUCUCCUCAUCGGCGAGUGUGAGUGUAAUGUUAGUGGACAGUGUGGUUGAAGGCCGCAGCGGAGAUCGCGGCUCGUCCUCCAAGGCAAAGGAGACCUCCCUUGACCUCACCCUCAUUCUCAUCAUCGCCCUGGGCUCCGUGUCCUUCAUCUUCCUCCUGGCUAUGAUCGUGCUGGCCGUGCGCUGCCAAAAGGACAAGAAGCUCAACCUGUACACGUGCCUGCUGGCCGGUGACUGCUGUCUGUGCUGCGGCUCGUGCUGUAGCAGGCAGGCUCGCGGCCGGAAACAGAAGAAGUUGAGUAAAUCCGACAUCAUGCUCGUUCAGAGCACCAACGUCACGACAGGGGUCGGGCCCGUGGGGCAGGUGCCCGUAGAGGAGUCUGGUGUGGGCGGCGUGGGAGGGGGCUUCGGCUCCCACCACCACCAGAAUCAGAACUCCUAUUGCUACCAGGUGUGUCUGACACCUGAGUCCGCCAAAACGGAUCUGAUGUUCCUCAAACCGUGCAGCCCGUCCCGCAGCACUGACACGGAUCACACCAACCCCUGCGGCGCCAUAGUCACGGGUUACAGUGACCAACAACCGGACAUCAUAUCCAAUGGCAGUAUUCUCUCUAAUGAGACAAAACACCAACGAGCAGAACUCAGCUAUCUGGUGGACAGACCCAGACGUGUCAACAGUUCGGCCUUCCAAGAGGCAGACAUCGUCAGCUCCAAAGACAGUGGUCACGGUGACAGCGAACAGGGCGACAGUGACCACGACGCCACCAACCGAGGUCAUUCGGCCGGUGCUGACCUGUUCUCCAACUGCACGGAGGAGUGCAAGGCCCUGGGCCACUCCGACCGCUGCUGGAUGCCAUCCUUCAUGCCAUCCGACGGGCGCCAGGGACCGGACUACCGCAGCAACCUGCACGUACCCGGCAUGGACGCCACGCUGCCCGACACUGAGGUACCCCCGUCUGUCAACCUCUCCGACCAACUCACCAUGACCUCGUCCACCGCUUCGUCCAGCGAUAGGUCAUUCUCCACCUUUGGCAAGGACGGUCAAAGGUCACAGUCACACCACAGCCUUCACCAUCACCUCCAUCAGCAACAGCAGCAGUACAGCUCCAGCACGCUAGAGAGGAAAGAGUAUGAUAGGGGGACCCUACCGUACAAACCCACCUUUCUCUCCCGCAAAAGGAUUUGCUAGCUCGUUCCAUGUGGACCUGUCGGAGACAGCGUGAAUUUCUGUACUAGACCACCUACACUGAUGCUAGAGACAGCGAAAUAAAACUAAACAUACAGCAACCUGGACAACAGCAACCUUGGUUAAGCUUCAUUAUCUUGGGUGGCGAACUGUAACAAAGCCUUGGCGGUGGUCACCAGGGAAGGAGAGGAGAAAUACAUACUGAGUAGCUGUAAACCUCUAGAUAUCUGAGGAGCAAUCCAAGGCCUUAUUCCUCUCAGCAGGACUGAGACCGGGGCCGCAACACUCAACAUGUGAAAAAUAUAAAGUCAUCAGCAAAAAGAAGAGAGGAACUGAAACGGACAGAGGAAUAUAAAACAAGAAGAAGAGGAACCGAUUCACUCACAGAGGUGUUUUGUUUGAUUUUGAUUUUUCGUUUUGUCGUUUUUUGGACUGAGGAGUUAGCCUCUAGAGAUCUGUGUGUGCCUGUUUACAUGAAGAAGAAGAAGAAGAAGAAGAAAAAAAAACAAAAAAACAAACAAAACAAAACUGAUGUUUCUGUACAAACUUCAACCAAUGUCACACGGAACCCUUUAGCUAUUUCUAUGGUCACCACUAAGCCAACUGUACAGAGACUGUGUUGGGGGGGGCUGAACAAAGGAGACUGACAGAGAGAGAGAAAGCGAGACUGAGAGGGACGAUUAGACAGAGCGAGAGUGUGUGUGUGUGUGUGUUUGUGUGUGUGUGAGAGAGAGAGAGGGAGAACAGGUGUUGUACAGGUAUAAAAUGACACAGAAAAAAAAAGAAGGAAAGGGAGAGAAGCAGAGACGAUGUGCAGUACUCUAAAUUCUGCAUCUCCGGUUUUUUGACUUGACUGUCUUUAUAUAACUUAUCUUUUUCGUUUCUGUUGUUCUUUCUGUGUGGUUAAAGUGUGCAGACUCUAAUGUAUUCCAACUUACCGUUACAGACAGGAACAUGCGGUCCGGAGAUAGGGUUCAGUCCUCUUUCAGGUUUAGCCACUUCAGGAAGGAGAUUUUUUUAACAUUCUCACACUGCGUAGAGAAAGGAGACGAAACAAGCGUCAUGCUGAGUUGAUCAGUAAAAUCUCACAAAUGAAUGUUCUAAUUUCCAAACUAGUGAUUAACAGUUCUCUAUUUCCUUCCUGAGCUGACUCCACACAAAGUGAAAUGACCCUUUACCAGGAUGUGGUUCCCUUGAUGCCAUUGGCCUAUACAUAAACAAUCAGACACACUCAGUGGUUUUUAUCAUGUGUGCAAAGUGUUUACUGUGCUAUUUUAAAACGCUUAUAAAUGAAUAUAAAUCUAUAUAUAACUAUAUAUAUAUAUAUACAAUAUACUUUUUUCUGAAAACUGUGUAACCAUUGGUUAGUUUCUACACCUCAUAAUGUCAUUCAAUCUAAUAAUACCAAGUGCUACAAAAUCAAGACUUGUAUCGAUUAAAAGGAGGAGGAGUGCUUCAGCCUAAAAAGCAAACUCCUUCACACCAACCAAGGAUUAAGUUGAUGUUCUUAUUUGAUUGUUACUUUUCACCGUUUACAGACGCUGGGCCUUGUUGUGUGUAGCGAAGACACCAGUUGAGUUGUUUUUGGCCUGUUGUGUAAUUUUUACUAGCAGACUAUGUGUUCAUGUACAGGAAGGGGUACUAU